AUGGCUCCCAAGGGCAGCAGAGUUUCGGCCUCAGCAAGCGGCGUGGGCGAUCCAAACUUCGAGUUCGUCAUGAGCGUCUUCAAGAACUGCGAACAAGUCAACCUCAUCAAGCCGGACUGGAACGAGGUCGCGAAGGAGCACGGCAUCAAGCACGGCCACAACGCUUCAUCCAAGAUCAAGUCUAUCGUGGAGCAUCACGGGCUCAUCUGGGAGAGAAACUCGAUCAGACCUGGCAGUGCCAUUGGCGACGGUGCGUUCAACGCCAAUGCCAAAGCCGCUGUCGGUGAGCCCAAGAUUGCCAAGGGUCGUGGACGCAAGCGCAAGCCCGAUGCCGACGCCGGUGACGACGGUGACGACGAUGAGAUUGCCGACACUCCCAGCUGUGGCAAGAACGGUAGCGUAAAGAAGGGGAAGAAAAGCCAGCCUGUCGUCAAGGCAGAGGAUAGUGGAAGCGAGGUGGAGGAGGUCCAGCUCAAGAAGGAAGAGAACAGUGAUGGAGUAAAGAAGGAGAAGAACGAGAACGAGAACGAGAACGACGGUUGA